UGAUCAAAGAUGUUAUCCGUUGUAGUAAAAUGUCGUAAAAUGGCGCAUGCGCGAUGCGCAUCUAUGGUUGACUCACAUCGGGCAGCGACAACCCCCUCUCCUUUGCCAGUACUCGGCUCGUUCGCUUCCUUGUUUAACUUCUGCUGUUGGCAGUUUUUGUCAGCAACUCCCCAGGAACUUCGGUAACCGCUAACGUUACAUGGUCGAGAUGGCGACCGACAAAAAAACGCGACGUUUUCUUAAAAAUAGAUGAAGAUAUCCACUAUUCUUUGGAGCAAGUGUUUUGUGUAACACCAUGUGAUGACCAUCCACAAAACGUCAGACAUUUAAAGGAAUCUUAUAAAUAUUUCUGAUUCCAGUGGAAUCUAAUUUUCUUUCUUUGUAAAACAAACAGAAAAGGAUACAAUUCUGAGUCAUUUGAGCCAACACAGGCAUCUCUUCGACUCAGGCAAAAAUAUUAUAGAAUACAUUUCCCCCCAUUUUUUACAUGUAGACCACACCUGUUACAAUGCCCGUGCAAGCCCCACAAUGGACAGAAUUUUUGUUGUGUCCAAUAUGCACACAAACAUUCGAGGAGACCGUGCGCAGGCCCAUCAGCCUGGGCUGUGGACACACUGUCUGCAAGAUGUGCCUGAACAAGCUGCACCGAAAAGCCUGUCCCUUUGAUCAGACUGCUAUCAACACAGACAUCGAGCAGCUGCCUGUCAACUCGGCCCUGCUUCAACUGGUGGGGGGUCAGGUGCCAAAACUGCAGCCUGUUGCCCUUAUUACCAACCCAGAGGACACCAAGCACUAUGAUGAGGCCCGGCAAUGCGUGGAGGAACUGGCCCUCUACCUCAAACCCCUCAGCAGCGUCAGAGGGGUGGGUCUUAGUAAUGCAGCCCAGAGCAUGCUUAGCCGGCCCAUGCAGCGAAAGCUGGUGACGCUGGUCCACUGUCAGCUGGUGGAGGAGGAGGGUCGGGUAAGGGCCAUGCGAGCGGCCCGUUCUCUGGGGGAGAGGACCGUCACCGAGCUCAUCCUCCAGCACCAGAACCCUCAGCAGCUCUCGUCUAACCUCUGGGCUGCUGUGCGGGCCCGUGGCUGUCAGUUUCUGGGCCCAGCCAUGCAGGAGGAAGCCCUGAAGCUAGUUCUGCUGGCGCUGGAGGAUGGCUCAGCUCUGUCCAGGAAGGUUCUGGUUUUGUUUGUGGUCCAGAGGCUGGAGCCCCGAUUCCCCCAGGCCUCGAAGACCAGCAUUGGCCAUGUAGUUCAGCUGCUCUACCGAGCGUCCUGCUUUAAGGUAACGAAGCGUGAUGAGGACUCGUCGCUCAUGCAGCUGAAGGAAGAGUUUCGGACGUACGAGGCCCUACGUCGCGAGCACGACUCUCAGAUUGUGCAGAUCGCGAUGGAGGGGGGCCUGCGCAUCGCCCCUGACCAGUGGUCCUCUCUGCUCUAUGGGGACCAGUCCCACAAGUCUCACAUGCAGUCCAUCAUCGACAAGUUGCAGACACCAGCAUCGUUUGCCCAGAGUGUACAGGAGCUGACCAUCGCUCUGCAGAGAACGGGUGAUCCGGCCAAUCUCAACAGGCUCAGACCUCACCUGGAGCUGCUGGCCAACAUCGACCCUAGUCCAGAUGCCCCCCCACCCACCUGGGAGCAGCUGGAGAAGGGGUUGGUUGCCGUGAAGACGGUUGUACACGGCCUGGUGGACUUCAUCCAGAAUCACAGCAAGAAGGGAAGCGAUCAACAACAGCCCCCCCAGCACAGCAAGUAUAAGACAUACAUGUGCCGCGACAUGAAGCAGAAAGGGGGCUGUCCCCGGGGAGCCAGCUGCACCUUCGCCCACUCACAGGAGGAGCUGGAAAAGUACCGGAAGAUGAACAAGCGCCUGGCAGCUCGUCUCCCAUGUUCCGGUGUGUUGUUACCUGAAGACGGGGUUUCCCUGGAGGGGGUGACCCGUAAACCUUCCCCUCUCACCAACGGGAUUGUGGCCGCCGGCUCUGGUGCACAGAUGCCGCAGCUGAUCGCCCGCGGUGCUGAUCCCACCUAUGACCUCUUGCGGAAGCCCAAGCUGGACUCCCAGAGCCUGAGCGCCCCGGGCUCCCCACCUGACUCGGUGGCAUCAGAACACCUCUCCAUGCCCAAGCAGAUGCCCGUUGUGCCUAGAGCUCCACAAAUGUACUCCCAGCAGCAGCCAGAGAUCUUCUACUCCGAAACCAGAGCACCACCAUCAGGGUCUCAGUAUGACCCCUCUCAGUACCAAACAGGCAACCCCUACCCCUACCAAGCCCCUCAGUAUGUCCAGAGAUACAUCCGAAACCCACCACCUCCAAACGACUCUGCUGUGCCCGCCUAUCAGGAUUCUUACCCCAGCUACGUACCCGAACGACCAUACCCUGCCCCCCACUCUGGACCUGCCUUCUCCACAGGAAACCCUCAUGGGUUCCCACCUCCGCCCCACUACGAUGGCCGCCGACACACACCCUACCCUGGGCACCCUCCUCCCCAGUCCUAUGCCACUCCCCGGGAUGAACUGGUCAGGAUGAGCCCUGUGCCCGUGGACGUGCCUCAGGCACCCAUGCCUCCACCUCCCUCCGGUAGCUCCCUCUACCACCCAGACUCCCGGGAGAGGUAUCCACCCGAAGGCUACCCUCCCCCUGGACCCCACCCUGGCCAAAUGAGGUCUUAUGUGAGGGACCCUUACAGCCGCUCCCAGCCCAGCCUGGACUAUCUGCACCGCAGACGCAAGGAGAUCAUGGCCCAGCUGGAGGAGAGGAAGGUCAUCUCUCCCCCGCCCUUCGCUGCCUCCCCCACUCUUCCCCACAACUUCCCCAACGACUACCCACAGGAGUACCUUGACGAGUGCUCCAAAGUCUUUGGAAAGGGCCGUGAGCAAGAUUACGCAGGGCAGUAUUCGCCUUGGUCGUGUGACACCAUAGGAUCUUACAUCGGCACCAAGGACGGCAAGAACAAAGACAUCAUGGGAAGUGGUGGCGUCGAGAUGAUGAAUGUGGAGGGGAAAGCUAUGCGGGACCCUCCUCUGGAAGCCCAGCGCCGCUCCGCAGAAGCCAAAGAUGAUGAUCCCAUCAUCCCCUUCGGCUCAUUGCCCACAGUCUCGCGCUUUGGCGCCAUCUCGCGCACAUCCAAAACGGGCUACCAGACCACUGGCCCCGUGCAAGCCAUGGCCUCCUCACAAGGCUCAGGACCCAAGCACAUGACCACCGCAGCGGAGUACUCCUACGGGAACCAUGGCGCCUGGGGGGGAGCGUCUUACCCUUCACACCAGAACAUGACCGCUCAGGGACACUUCAGCGAGCGCAUGCCCAUGCCUACUCCUGACCGAGAGCAGCUGAAGAUGGAGCUGCAGCAGGUCAACCAGCAGAUAAAUCAGCAGACACAGGUCCGUGGCAUGAAGGCUGCCAGUAACUCUCUGCUUCUGCAGAGGGAGGCUAGUGCUAUGGCGGCUCAGCCUGGGGGGGGGAAGUGGUCAGCAGGAGGCGCUGUGUCCAGUGAGCAGCUCAGUAUGGAGCUAGACCACGUGGAGCGAGAGAUCGGCAAGAGGACCCGAGAGAUCGCCAUGGAGAAUCAGGUGGCUCAUGAGUACAAACUGAAGGCCGGUGAGAAUGGCCAGCAGGACCAUAAAGCCCAGCUGGAAGAGUUGUCCCUUGCCCUGGGUGAGGUUUCAAAUGGAUCCAGUAACAUUGUGUCUGAGGCCAGUGUGGGUGGAACCAUGUUGUCCCUGACCAAUAAAACGUCAUCGCUCAGUCUGUGUUCUGCAGACCCCAACUCAGCCAGCGGGGCAGACCUGCAGAAGAACGGUGUGGUCCACUCCUGCUCGUAGACCACACACACACACACACACACACACACCCACACACAUACAUACACACACACACACACAGCCACUCUUCAGGCUGCUUCAUUCCUCCACAGAGGUUAAAGGUAUAAGGCCAGAUAAGCUAUCUUGACUAUGUCAGGACCCGUGUGUAAUGGCCUUAGGUAAAAAUCGUCAGUUGCCAGCUACUCUGUUGAAAUUGGGAGUGCAGCUUUAAGGGUGGGUGCGGGUGGUCACACGCCGAGGAACAUCAUGUUUCCGGUGUAUACACAUUUGCACACACACAUUGUGCAUGCUAUUGUGCAUGCAAGCACACACACACACACACACUCACACAUCCUCACAAACUCUUCUUUGUUUUAUUUAGAAGAUGAGCAGUAUCUGCCGUGAUAAAUUUUCUUUCCUUUUUGUUCUGUGAAUGAGCUUUUUUGUUUGUUUUAAAUGACUUGUCAUUGCCUGGAAACCAGAGCAUCUGAUUAUGCAUCCUUAAGAAAAAAAAAAUACUCAAAGAGGAAAGGCAUACCAAAAGAACAUGGAGACUGCUAAAGAGUAGUGCAGGUUUUUUUUUAGCUAAUACGAUGAUGAUGACGAAAAUUUACUAGACAACCAGAGGAAUGUUCUCUCCCUUCACCACCUUGUUCUGGUGAACGUUAACCCUCUUCAGUGCUUUCCCUGCCAUCUAGUGUUCAUGCUGCGCUCUCACUUCUGAGCAGCGAUACAGCAGAGGUGAUGUGAUUUGUGCUUGUAGGUGAAGCGACCCUUAAGAGACGUGCAGAUUCACUGUGAGAAUAACCUGACCAGCCAGCCAUGUUGUAGCAUAGGAAAAAAAAAACUCCUGUCAUUCCAUUAUUAAAUUGACCUACACGCAAAAUGGAAGAAUCGAUAAUAUCCUUGCAAUAUUUAGA